CUCAUUGAAUCCACGAGAAUGGAGAUGAGAUCAUAAGGCUAUAAAUCUGGAUCUAGAGAUCGACUGUCAAGAAACCUCCUGCAGUGGAAGCUAGCCAACCGUUACAAUUCCUCAAGCCGCGCCUUCUUUCCGAGCCGUAUCCCGGAAAAGUUUCCCUUCCCUAGCAAAUCCCACAGCUACACCAGCAACUAGCGUACGAAGUAGAGUACCACUGCGUACACACCAGAUAACAUAUCCCGAUAUGGGCGACCACGUUCUCUUUUUCUACGGAACCCUGAUGGCCCCGCAAAUACUCCACAGAGUCAUCCACGGCCGCCCGGACCCAGAACCCUGGCAAAAGGGCAUGCUCUCGUUCAAGCCCGCCAUCCUGCACGGCUACCGCCGGCACCGCGUCCGCGGAGCCGAUUACCCCGGCAUCGUGCCCUGCCCGAAUGAUAUUGAGGAUUCGACAGGAGAAUCCGGCAGCGCCUCGGUACUGGGGACUGUCGUCUCGGGGCUGACGGACGGGGACGUGCACCGGUUGGAUGUCUUCGAGGGGUCGGAGUAUGCUAAGGAGAGGGUGAGGGUGCGGGUGCUGGCGGAGUCGUUGAGUGUGGGUGGGCGGCAGGAGGCGAGCAUCGCGAAGAACCCGGAUCGGCACCUGAAGGAUGUGCUUGAUGCGGCUGGGGCGGAGUUUGCGGAUGAGAGGGAGGAGGUGGAAGCUUUGACAUAUGUUUAUGUGGCUGGGCAGGAUCGAUUGGAGGAUGCGGAGUGGGAUUUUGAGGCCUUUAAGAGGGAUAAGAUGGCGUGGUGGGUUGAUGCGGAUGAGAGCGAGUGGUGAUUUGGGCCCCUAAGAGACGAUCAUGGACGCCAAUGUCGAAGCAUUCAGAUAUAUCAUACUAUAGAGAAUAGCCCGCAUAGAGCGGUUGAUUUUCAACCUAGAUCAUCUUCGUUCCGG